UGGCCAGGUGGGUGAUGCUCCAGGCUGGAACCACCAGAGGACGAGGGGUCUAGACUGUCCACAAGAGCAAGGACCCUGAGCAGCUCAGACCCUGCGGCCCCGCUGCAGGCUGCUGCCCUGAUAGUCACACAGGUGAAUGGAGGAUGGGCUCUGCGCUCUGUCACAGCCCGGCUCCUUGAUCCUGGGUUUAUGAUUGUCAAAUGUCCAUGAGCCAGCCAAUGAGGUGGCAUCAAUGGACCUGCUCCCCAGAGCUGGAGAGUUCCUGUCCAGUCUCUCCGGGAUGCUGGUUGGAGUUUGAGGGCCGUGGCCCCACCGAGGACGCCUUGGACAGUCAAGGCCCUUGUGAGAGCAGCAGCCUGAAAGUUUGCAAUAAAGGUGGAAGGAGCCUUUGCUGCAACUUGUACUUAGACACAGGAGAGUCCAGAAAUGUAUGGUCCUUGGAAAGGAAACAAAAGGCAGGGGACAUGUGGACCAUCUGAUAACCGGACCUGCUACCCCAGUGUAUCAAGAAGCUGAGAGCCAGGCUGCCUGGAAGGUGUGCAGGGACACCUAGCCCACUCUCUCUCCACUGACUUGCAGACUCAGACAAGAAGGCUGCCAUGGCUCCUUAUCACAUCCGCAAAUACCAGGAGAGCGACCGCAAACGUGUCCUGGGCUUGUUCUCCCAGGGGAUGGCCGAGCACGUCCCUGCCACCUUUCGCCACACCCUGAAACUGCGGCAAAACCUCGUGCUCUUGCUUGGGGGGCCCCUAGCAGUGUUCCUGGUCUCUGGGUCCUGGCUCCUGGCCCUCAUGGCCAGCCUCACCUUCCUCACUACCCUGUGGUUUCUUGCCAAGUACAGUUGGACUCAGCACACUGUCAAGGCUUUACAGACAGACUUGUCUGACAUCACCAAAUACUACUUCAGUGAGUGUGGCUCCUGCUUCUGGGUGGUUGAGUCCGAGGGGCAGGUGGUGGGCACGGUGGGAGCUCUGCCUGUUGAGGAGCCCACGCUGCAGAAAAAGCAGGUGGAGCUGCUUCGCCUAAGUGUGGCCUUGGAGCACCGUGGUCAGGGGAUAGCGAAAGCCCUGGUCAGGACUGUCCUCCAGUUUGCAAGAGACCAGGGCUACAGUGAAGUCGUCCUCAACACCACCAUCAUGCAGUCCCCUGCCCUGGCCAUCUACCACAGCAUGGGCUUCCAGGAGACACACCAGUCCUUUGCCUUUCAGAGCUUCAGGCUAAUGGCUAUCCCGUUAAUUCAUUUCAUCUACCACCUGCCCUCUGCUCAGGUCUCUCCUGCACCGGGGCAGGGAGGGGGCCCCUGAGCUGUCUCCUGGUGCACUAGUCAGGGGAGGACCAGCUCUGCUUCAGGAACAGGCCAACCCUGGAAUGUCACUGCGACAGCAUAGUCACUGCUUCCUGUUCAUUCACAUAGAAAUCCUGCAUGGUUGGGGGUGGAGUGGCUCUGCUCCAUUCAGUGUUUCUGGGGUGCCACUGGUUCAUUUAUCUACUGCCACAACAACGCGGCACGUAAAAUUCUUACGAAAUACUAAUAAACAUGUCUUUAGCUCAUGA